AUGACGUGCCUGCCUUUCGGUCUAGCUUCUGCUCCGCACCUUUUCUCUUCCAUCACAUGCUGGGUCGCGGAGACCCUGCGUGCGAAAGAUUGUCGAGUGCUAGUCUAUCUAGACGAAUUUCUUCUGGUGCAACAAGACCAAACCAAGUUAAGUCUUCAGGCUGCGGAGGCCGUAAGACACUUGGAACUGUUGGGUUGGAAAGUGAAUUUCCAGAAAUCGGUCCUAACUCCAACACAAGACUUGGAAUAUCUAGGGAUACGAUGGCUAACGGCCAAGAACAAAAUGGUCUUACCAAAUCAGAAAGUAAAAUGCAUCAACAGCGCCCUAGAACAGAUUACGCAAAAGCCACACAUGAGUCUACGACAAUUACAAACAAUUUUGGGGCAGCUGAACUUUGCCAACUUUGUCAUUCCACGGGGCAGACUACACUGUCGCAAUUUCCAAAUAUUCUUGCGACGCUUCGACAAGAGACUACCCCGUCAAGUACAACGUAUCCCUCAAAAUGUUUACCGAGAGAUGGUGUGGUGGCGCGGAGCCAAUUAUCACUCGUUACCGAUACACAAAAAACCAGCUACCCACUUCCUGGCAACGGAUGCCUCAGACAUGGGUUGGGGCGCUCAACUGGAUGGAAAAGUGAUCUCAGGGAGCUGGUCACUCUACCAAAGGAGGUGGCACAGCAACAAAAAAGAAUUAUUCGCCGUUUUCGCUGCUAUCAAAAUGAACUCAAAAAUAUUAGUAAAGUCACAUGUACUGAUCCAAUCCGACAAUCGAACACUGAUAGCGUAUAUCCGGAAAGAAGGCGGAACCAAAUCUUUAGCGUUGCCGGAACUGACAUUCAAACUUCUCCAACUAGCGGACAAAUUCAAAAUAACGCUGUCAGCAUAUUACCUCCCGGGGAGGUACAACAUACUUGCGGCCAGAUUAUCACGAGGAAAACAUCUGGCGGAAUGGCACCUGAUACCCGAUGCGACAGCGGAAGUCUUCUAA